UUGAUAAUUGUUCCAUUUCAGGUGUUAAACAGUCAUGCGUUUCAUGUUCAUAACAGGAGCCUUUCUCCUUCUCCUCCUCACAUCAGAUAUCGAUGCAAAAUCCAUAUCGAAAAGACAUGUACGUCGGGACUGGCUGAUUGUGCCAGACUCCAUCGGCUAUUAUCUGUAUGAGGCUGUUAAUUACGUUUCUCCUUCGGCUGGGAAGGUGAUGGUGGACAUAUUUGAAUCACAUCAGGUUCAGAGUAUAAGGAGUUUUCUAAUCAAGGAAACAUCUCAACUGAAUGUCCAUGCUGAAAACCUCUAUAAUAAAUUGUAUGCCUUAUGGCAGAACAAAGAGCACCGAAACACCGAUAGCGAAAACUAAGAAAAUAAAAUGAACUU